UUUUUCUUGGACAAAUGCGAAGCGGUGUCCCAAUCUCCGCAUUUGUGCUUGCUCCAUGCGUGCUGGUUGCAUUGGCGCAGACAACGACUACGAUUGAGCCGAUUGCAGCAACGAGCACGCGCCCACGCUUCAAGACAACGACCGGCGAUGACCAAACAGGGAUAGCCCCCAUUCCAGUCGCCACCCAAGUCGAGUCGAAGUCGUUCAGUAUUGGAGUGGCCUUUGCCAUCGGCAUCAGCGUAUUCAUCUUGUUUGUCGUGCUGGCGUUGUUGCGUGCGGUGUUCAUCCAUCGAAAAGAUCAAACAACUGAAACAACAAAUGGCAACUACUCCAAGCUGGAAGACUCCAAGUAAACACGAUAUACACUACUUGAGCACCGUUCGACCGCAAAAUUGGGCACGUUGUCACUCUAAGCAAAGCCUUGACAUGUUCUCGGCGACAAGGACCGAUUCUCGAGCACUUUUUUCCGAUAAUAUCAAUGAACUUUGAAUAAUUCCA